CCCCCCGGGGUCCCCUCCGCUGCAGCCUCAGCCCUGGGGCUGGCCGCCUCCCGCCCCGCACACCUGGCAGGCGAGGGUGGCCCCCGGGACGGGCAGCCUUGCCAGCAUGGACAAGUUUGGGGCCGCUUUCUGCUCAGCAGGGCCCAAAGAAUGGACCUCUCCCUGGGAGCGCGGCCAGGGGCCCCUCGAGUUGCUGCCAGGUGUGGGCUGGCCUGGGGGGCUGCCAAGAACAACGACGGAUGAGUGGGUGGGCCAGACACCCUCAGCUCCCCCAACAGGCACACACACACUCUCUAACACAUGCUUCACGUGCCUGGCGGAUGCAAGUCAUACCCAGAACAAUGGCCCCGCUGACUAGUCUCUGGGCAGUUCAGCCUCCGUGCCCGCACCCCACCCCCUGCCACCACCUCCCCUGUUUACAUUCAUAGCAUCUGGGGGCAUCACCCAUCUGGACUCUGCCGGGCUCUGCCACUUGCUGCCUGAGGUGGGGGAAACCUCUGCUGGCGCCAUCACCCCAGCAGCAGCCGCACGGAGACAGGACCCUGGAGAGCAGAGGGGCCCCCCUCCAAGGUAUCUAAGGUGCUUCCUCCCCACCCCCACCCCCCAAGAAUGGCUGCAAGGCGCCUUCACUACCCGGCACUAAACACUGCCUGCAAAGCCCGACUCAGCCUCCCUAAGACCUGGGGUGGGGGGGACUCCGUGGGUCCUGUUUCCUCAUCUGCAGGGCAGGCCUCACCCCCACCCUGCGGGGGCGUCAUCAGGAGAAGGGGGUUACUGUAGAGAAGCGUGUGGGGAGUUCCCUGGUGGUCCAGUGGUUAGGACCCUGUGCUCUCAUGGCCGGGGCCGGGGUUCAGUUCCUGGCUGGGGACCUCGGAUCCCACAAGCUGUGUGUUGGGCCCCAAAAGGGAAAAGCAUGUCCACCGAGCGUGGCUCCUAAUGAGCCAGGAACUCGCGUGUCGUCACUUUAUGUGAAGCAUCUGGAGCAGCCGGUAAGUGGGUCGGUUGGCGCCUGUUGCCGAGCUCUAGGUGCUGGGCUCAGCGGACUCCCGACGGCCACGAGAGGCCAGCCCAGACGCCAGUCCACUCAGCAGUGAGGAAGCCGGGCUCAGAGAGGGGAAGUCACCCGGCCCAGGAGGAGCUGGCACCCGAAGCUGGGAUGGCUCCUUCCCUGGGCCUGGGCUCCCGGCUUCCUUCCUGCCCGCCCGCAGUCGAGGCGCCCAGACCUGCAGACCCUGUGGCGGGGCCCUCCCUGGGCGGCACCGAGGCCUGCCGUCUCCGUGCCUUACCUGGGGCACCCCAGUCCUCAAAAGUGGGGCGCACCAGAUGGGGACUGGGAGGGCUUGCUGGGGACGGGGCGGGGACGAGGCGGGCAAACCGGUCGGGUGGCUGGGUUCCCGGCUCCCAGACUCCGGCUCCGGGGCCUCCGCGUAGUCGGGGCGGCGCUGACGCUGCCGGACGGAGGGGCUGGCACAGAGCCGGGCGGGGAGCUGGGGCUGCGAGGCUGCCUUCAGGCCCCCGGCCACCAUGCACCAGCACUACACCGUCCACUUUGCCAAGGGUGCCCUGCCUCCCCGGAUCGCCGCCGAGCGCUACUUCUUGGACCCGGAGUUGGGGCACCGAAAAGGAUGCUGUCAGCAGGGGUGCCACGACCCAGCGGCACCUGGCACCCACAGGCCCGGUCGGCCGACCCCCCAGGCAUGCCGGCAGCCGGCCUACCACGGCCGCCAGGGGGGGCGCGGCGGCUGUCGCCGGGGCCCCCAGCCCCCGACCCAGCAGCAACAGCAGCAGAGGCGGCAGCCCCAGCCCCCGCCUCCCAAGCCCCCGCAGCAGCAUCUCUGCUCUGUUCACGGGGCCCAGAAGCGGCCACCUGCAACCACUGCUGCCUCCGCGCAGCCGGCCAGCGCCCCCCAGCCGCCCCCCACCUCACUCACCGUGGCCACCGGCGGCCCAGCCCUGCCCUCCGCAGCGGGCACCCUCCUGGAACCCAGCAGGCCCUCGGACGCCCGGCCCCUGCCCGCCCCCGCAGCCUGCGGCUGCUUCACCUCCUACAGCUCCGACAUCUUGACAGAGGAUGACGUCUACUGCAGCUGCCUGGCCAAGACUCUCUGCCACGUGCCCGUCCCGGUGACUGUGGGUUUCUAUGCCCCCUUUGGCUGCCGCCUGCACAUGAUGCUGGACAAGAUCACGGCGCUGAUGCAGCAAGAGGCAGCCCAGCGCGAGGCCGAGGAGCUGGAGCGCGUGCAGUGGCGGCCGCGGCCCGUGCGGGGCUGGGCCUUCCCGAAGCUGCUGUGGUACCUGGUGUUCCUGCAGCCCAUCAUCACCGAGGUGCACCUGCGGCGCAAGAACGUCAAGUUCCUCUUCAUCCGCUUCAGCGCCUGGCAGUACGCCGGCACCGACAAGCUGUGGGCCGGCCUGGUGACCACGCUGUGCGAGGGCAUCCGCCACCAGUACGGCGCGCUGCCCUUCAGCGUGUACUCGGUGCUGGGCACGAAGGCGGCCACGACGCUGGGCUUCCGCCAGCGCGAGUGGCAGUGCCGGCACCGCGUAUGCCUGGCGCUGCUGGCGCUGCUGGCCGUGCUCAGCCUGGGCGUGGGGCUGCUCUACCUGUCGGUGGGCGCCCGCUCACUGAGCCACCGCGCCACCAACAGCAGCCUGCUCCGGGUGUUCGGCGGCGCGGCCACCACGCUGUCGGGCUCCGGGCUGCUCAUGGCCGUGUACUCGGUGGGCAAGCACCUGUUCGUGAGCCAGCGCAAGAAGAUCGAGCGGCUGGUGUCGCGCGAGAAGUUCGGCAGCCAGCUGGGCUUCAUGUGCGAGGUGAAGAAGGAGGUGGAGCUGCUCACCGACUUCCUGUGCUUCCUGGAGAUCUACCAGCGACGCCGGCUGCGCGUCGUGCUCGAGGUCACCGGGCUGGACACGUGCUACCCGGAGCGCGUGGUGGGCGUGCUCAACGCCAUCAACACGCUGCUGUCCGACAGCCACGCGCCCUUCAUCUUCAUCCUGGUGGUGGACCCCAGCAUCCUGGCCGCGUGCCUCGAGAGCGCCGGCUCCAUGAAGGGCACGGCCGACAACGGCUACCUCUUCCUCAACCGCACCGUCACGCUGCCCUUCUCGGUGCCCAUGAUGGGCCGCCGCACCAAGCUGCAGUUCCUCCACGACGCCGUCCAGAGCCGCGACGACCUGCUCUAUCGCGAGAUGACGCGCAAGCUGCGGCCGCCGGGUGGGGCCGGGGCCGGGGGCGGCGAGGGCGCGCAGCUCCUGGCGGUGCAGACGCAGGCGGGGGGCGAGCGCGCGCAGAGCCACAUCGACGACGAGGCGGCGCGCCGCAUCUGCGAAGCGCUCUUUUGCCUGCACGACGAGCGCGACUGCCUCUACGAGUACGUGCCCGACAACGUGGUGUCCAUGCGGCGCAUCGUCAACACCGUGCCCAUCACUGUGCGCCUGCUGCAGCAGCAGCAGGGGGACUUCGGGGGCCCCUCGCCGCGCCAGGCCGUGGCUUGGGUCGUGCUCGCCAACCAGUGGCCAUGCCGCCUCAGCUGGGCCCUGCAGUGCUUGGAGGACCGGCAGCAGGCCGGGGGCGCUCCCGAGGCCCGCGCGCGCCUGUGGGACGUGUUCUGCGACCACAGCCGGGAGCUGCACACCAUGACCAAGCCGCUGAAGAACGUGCUCGACCUGGACGGCGACCCCGAGCUUUUUGAACGCUUCCUGGGCGCCGACUUCCCCUUCACCGUGGCCGAGGCGCAGAGCCUCCUGCGCUGCACGGUCAACCUGGACCACUCCAUCCGCCGCCGCAUGAGCCUCAUCCGGGCAGUCAGCACGCUCAAGCCGCCCAGCCCGCCCAAGUCCCCCGCCCGCGACAGCCCCCACACCCCCAACGGAGCCAACCACGCCCCCGGGGCGGCCCGGGCAGGCCACCCUGCAGGGCACGCCCCUGUGCAUGCCAGCGAAGCCCACCAUCCCUGGGACUGGGCUCAGGGGGGCAAGCCCAGACCCAUGGCUUGAGCGCCUUUCACUCAGGGGCAGGCCAGCCCAGGUGGGCCUUGAAUGUAAGACUUAUGGGCACAACACUUGCAUCUGCCCAGAUGAGUGUGUAGGGGGCCUGAGUGGGCUCAAGACCCAGGGGCCAGUGUCCGGAAUGGGGCCUGUGGUGCCUAUAUUUCCCAGAUGAAUCUAUGAGCCAGGGAGAGCCGAAGGCCGUGGCCACCAGUAAUGGGACAGCAUGUCAGUGUCUGAGAGCCGGGGCCAAAGGACCCAUGA